AGCCGCCUCCAUACUAACGAGUCCUCACAGCGAUCCCGGGGAGGGAGCGAACCAUGCCGGGCAUGAUGGACAAAGGCACCGAAUUCCUGGGCAAGAGCCGCUCCAAUGGCACCAAGAGCCCGUCCAGCGCCUCCAACGGGCAUUACUCCGAGGAAAGCGGCAGCGACGACGAGCACGGUGGUAGCCUCGAACUGUAUGUGGGCAUGAGGGUGGGAGCCGAUUUCCAGGCCCGGAUCCCGGACUACGAGCCCGGGACUACGAAGUAUACGGAUAAGGACAGCGGAGGGAUGUUGGUGUGGUCUCCUUAUCAUACUAUACCAGAUCUGAAGUUGGAUGAGUAUAUUGCAAUCGCAAAAGAGAAACAUGGCUACAAUGUGGAACAGGCUCUUGGCAUGCUGUUUUGGCACAAGCACAAUAUUGAGAAAUCGCUCGCUGAUCUUCCCAACUUCACACCUUUCCCUGAUGAAUGGACGGUGGAAGACAAAGUUCUCUUUGAACAAGCAUUUAGUUUCCAUGGGAAAAGUUUCCACAGGAUUCAACAAAUGCUUCCAGAUAAAACAAUAGCAAGCCUUGUAAAAUACUACUACUCAUGGAAAAAAACACGAUCUCGGACAAGUUUAAUGGACAGACAGGCACGAAAGUUGGCCAGUAAAAAUAACAACGGAGAAAGCGAUGAAGAUGUGGAUGAUACAAAUCCCAAGGAUGGAAAUGAUAGUGAUUAUGAUCCCAAAAAAGAAACCAAGAAAGAUGCGACCACAGAGUCCUGCAUUCAGCCAGUCAAAGUUGCUCUUGGCAGAAGAGAAUACCAAAGUUUGCAGCAUCGCCACCACUCUCAGCGGUCCAAGUACCGGCCUCCUAAGGGCAUGUACAUAAGCAAGGACGAUGUUGUAGCUGUGUCAUGUAGUCCCAACGCUGCCAAUACUAUUCUUCGUCAACUAGACAUGGAACUAAUAUCAUUAAAACGUCAGGUUCAGAAUGCUAAGCAGAUAAACAGUGCACUUAAACAGAAGCUGGAAGGCGGAAUAAAGGAGUUCCAACCAGCAGAGUCAACUCAGAAAGUAAAUGCCCGCUGGACUACAGAAGAGCAGCUUCUCGCAGUGCAAGGUGUCCGCAAAUAUGGUAAAGAUUUUCAAGCUAUUGCAGAUGUAAUUGGCAACAAGACAGUUGGUCAAGUGAAGAACUUCUUUGUAAACUACAGGCGCCGGUUUAACUUAGAGGAGGUAUUGCAGGAAUGGGAAGCAGAACAAGGAACCCAGGCCUCUAAUGGUGAUACCUCUGCUUUAGGGGAUGACACAAAAAACACUUCUCAUGUGCCAUCAGGAAAGAGCACUGAUGAAGAGGAUGAGGUACAGAACAGCCAGACGGCUCCUCCAACCAGCCAGUCACCUCCAGAACAGUCCUCUGCCCCAGCACCGGCAGCUUCAGCAUCAGCCUUGAACCAGCCGCCACCUCUUCUCCGGCCCACGCUACCGGCUGCCCCAGCCCUACAUCGGCAGCCUCCACCUCUACAGCAGCAGGCUCGCUUCGUUCAGCCAAGGCCCACCCUCAACCAGCCGCCUCCUCCUCUAAUUCGGCCUGCUAGCUCCUUGCCCCCUCGUCUGAACCCAAGGCCAGUCGUGACCACAAGCUCCGGUCAGCAGCCUCCCUCCCUUAUUGGAAUUCAAACCGAACCACAGCAGACAAUGCACUGAUUUUAUGUCGCUAUGUUCUCAGCUU